AUGAGAAAAGUUGGAUUGCAAUUGAACUUGAUGGUUUACGAAAAAGUUCCUACAUUUAAAUCAAUUGCAACAACUGGUUUAAAACUCAAAAUCGUAAAUGAUGAAGCGGAUUUUUAUAAAUUAAAUAAUUCAGCUUUAAAGAAAUUAUGUUUAGGUUUAGGUGUUUCAAGAUCAAGUAGUAAUAGGAGAAUGGUUAUGUCAAUUUGUGGUAUAGAUCCAUUAUCUCAUUCAACCAACCCCAAUUUGUACUCAUUAUUAUCAGAAGCAAUUCAAAAAGAUACUCAAGAUCAUAUUCGUUGGUUAAACUCAAAAACUUGCAUCAAAAUUUUAAUUUACCAAAUCCUGCUCAAUCAACAUAAACCCAAACCAAUAGCCACACCCAAACCGAGGGGGCACACCCAAACCAAUAGCCACACCCAAACCAAUAGCCACAUCCAAACCAAUAGCCACACCCACACCAAUAACCACACCCACUCCAACAACCACAAAAUUAAAGAAACCACAAAUUCUACCCCAAUCGAUCAAUCCCCACAAGAAAAAAACAAAUAUGAUAGUACCUCAACAUUCCAUUAUUCCGCAUAUAGAAGCUUAUAUUGUUGUUCCGAAUAUUAUAAUAAUCGAGAUAAUUCUGGUCGUUCCUCAGUAACUCAAGAAAUUUUAAGUCAUUCCCCAAAGCAAUUUCUUGAAAAAAUCCAUGCCCCAAAGGAACCAUCACAAACAGAAAAUCUAUUUCCAUAUUCACCAUUCGACCACACCAGAGAAAGAAUGGAAAAAGAUAAAAUAGAAAAUGAACAACAAAAAGAAAAGGAAGAUAUGGAACAAUUAAAUAGAGAAACCCAAGAACGUAUUGAAAAAUUAGAAAAAGAAAGAAAAGAAAGAGAAUAUAGAGAAUCUUUGGAAAAACAAAGAUUAAUAAAAGAAAGACUUGAAAAAGAAAUUGAAGAAGCAAAGGAAAAGAAAAGAAAAUUAAGAGAAAAAAAAGAAAGAGAAAAAAUAGAAAAAGAACAAAAAGAAAGAGAAAAAAAAGAAAGAGAACAAUUAGAACGUACCCAAACAAUUUUAAAAGAAACAUUAGAAAGAGCAAUGGAAAGGGUACGUUUAGAAAACUUAGAAAGAGAAAGAUUAGAAAGAGAAAGAUUAGAAAGAGAAGAAAGAGAAGAAAGAGAAAAAGAACAACAAUUAAGAGAACAACAAGAAAGAGAGGAAAGAGAAAAUCAAGAAAGGGAACAACAACAAAGAGAACAACAAGAAAGAGAAGAAGCAGAACGUAGAGAAAACCAAGAUCCUUGCACUAUUUGUAUGGACACAAUUGAACCAAGCCAACUUGCUGCAAUCGAUUGUAACCACAUUUUUUGUUUCGAUUGUAUUAUGGAAUUGUCUUAUCGUCGUGAUAACACAUGUCCAAAUUGCAGAGCUCCAUUCUUUUUAGUAAGAAGUCAAUGGUUCAACAAACUAAGCCAACUUAGAGCAAGCUUCAACUCUACAAAAUUACGUUUAAAAAGUUCUCAAGGUUUAAAUAAUAAGUUCUCCCUAAUAUUUAUAAUUAUAAUCCUUUCUCUUUCGGUAUUAUCAGGUUGUUUCUCUCCAGUAUAA